AAGAAUAUUGUUCUCUAUUUGUUGCCAAUUUUGGCAUUGGCUAAUUUCCUCAUUGGAAUAUGUGUGUCCACCUCACUGAAGCCAGCACUCAGCGGUCCAGACAUGGCCUAUAUUGGCUCCAGGGUGUCAUUUCGAUGUGUUUCAUCUAACCUCUCACAGCCUGUGACUUACCAUCUGCUGAAAAAUGGGGACCCCGCCCAAGGGAUCCAGCACAGCGGGCAUCCUCCAUGGUCCUUCUCAUUUAGGGUCACUGAAGCAUCAGAGGGUUGGUACCAAUGUAAGGUGAAGUCCAGAGGACGCGCAGAAGUCAGCAACAGCCUGAGGCUGAGAGUAGUCAUUCCCCCAUCAGAAACAGUUGUGACCACUGAACCAUCCCCCCUGGUGGUCUUCGAAGGGUUUCGCUUUGUCUUGAGUUGUGGCGUCAUGAAAGGCACACAUCUUUAUUUCACAUGGUUUUUCAACCGGACAGAAGUCACAUCCACAACCUCGCCUCUACUGAAUAUCACCGGCAACAAGCUGGUGGUGAGCAAUGCGACAGCUGAGCAUGCUGGGAGUUAUUACUGCAUAGCCUGGUCUCAAGUGCAAAACACCAGGAGAUUCUCCAGCAGCACAGAGAUUGUGGUGGGCGUCAGAGUGUAUUUUGUGGAGCCAACAAUCUCCUUUUUCAUCUACAAAAAUGGUCCUGGUUAUCGUGGGAACGUUAGCUGUCGGGCAUCCAGGGGGAGUCCACCUGCCAACUUCUCUCUCUUAAUCGAUGAUGAGGAGGUGCAGUCCGUCACAUCAGCCGAUUCUCGUGCUGUCUGGUUCAGCAUCACUGCGGAACCAGGCCUGGACAUGGGCUUGGGCCGCUGUCGGGUGAAAACUGAGGCGCAAGACCUGACAAGUGAGCCUGUUUCGCUGGAAGUAGUUCCCGUCGGAGGCACCAUAAAGGUGGAAGUUGAGUAUCUCUACGGAGCAGAUUCCAAACUGGCUGCUGCCCGACUGAAGUGUCUGCUCAGUAGAGGAAGCUUUCCCCUCAUCUCCUGGAUGAUGAAUGACUCAUUGCUGACUUUUGAGCAUCACCACCUCGCCUCCCCACCUCACUUUGUCCUGACUGACCACAGACGCACCUUAGUCCUGGCCAAAGUUGGACCACAGGAGACUGCGUAUUACCGCUGCAAGGCCAGGGACCGCUAUGACGAGUCUGGUGUGUGGCUGGAAAGUCCUCCUGUCCUUGUCCGUGUACCCGGUGGAAUCACCACGGCAGUAGACUUCAUCUCCAUCGCUUUCUGUGGCUUCCUCUUCCUCUUUUUGGUGGUGGGAGUCUUCUGUGUAUUCAGGAUAUUGGAGCAAAAACAAUUUGCGUCCUCGAACUAUGGAUACUAUGCAGCAACACGUCGCAGUUCCUUUGCACAUCCCUUGUCUGCAACCAGGUUCCGGUCUGACUCCUUCUUUUCAGAGAGAGAUGUCAACCAUCAGGGCUCCGAGAUCACAUUGUGAGGAACGACGUCCAACUUUGUGCAACAUUCUGGAGCUCUAGCCUACAAUUCAUGUUCACUCUUGGAGGAGUCUUGAUUUAGUAGAACUGUAUUUGUGUG